GGUCUCGGAAGCUGAGCUUCUAGACUAGAUAGUCCCCCUUCUCGGACAUUUACUAAGCUAUUACAUAGGACGGCAAACGGCAUGCGACAGAAGCCAUACCCGGUGGUUCGGAUAGCUAUCAAGACAUAUUUGCCUGAAGUGUGGGGACUCAUUUCCAACCCAUAUGCAAGCAAAGAAACUCGGACCAUCGAGGCGAUGAGUGCAAGGGCGACACACUGCAUAUAUAGUAAGUAUGUUCGUUCCUCUGACAGGUGAAUCCUCGUCUAGCUUCCGCAGCCACACUCCUGACCUAAGUUCCACGCCCAACGGUCGCUUGUCAAGAUGCAUACUUCCUUGUUCUCCCUCCUGCUGGUUACAUUGCCGUUGGCCUCGACGUAUACCCCUGCGUCCACCUUCGGCUCUGACCUCCUUGCGGCACAAAGCUUGAUCAAGCUCGGCGUGUCGGUGGCUGACGGCUCGCUGAAGAAGCAGCUGGCAACCAAGAACGUCCCACAGACAUGCUCGAUUGACAAAAUCUCCAUUCGUCGCGAGUACUCAACCCUGUCUAAUGAUGAGAAGCUCAGCUAUACCAAGGCUGUCAAAUGCUUGAUGGCCAAGCCUGGCCAGACACCGGCAGAACUCGCUCCUGGUGUGCGGUCACGCUACGAUGACUUCGUAGCCACCCAUAUCAACCAGACCUGGAGUAUCCAUGCAUGUGGUGCAUUCUUGUCUUGGCACAGAUACUACAUCUGGACCUUUGAGCAAACGUUGCGAAACGAGUGUGGUUAUAAUGGAUACCUGCCGUACUGGAACUGGGGAAAAUCUGCGCUUGACCCUAUCAACUCUCCCUACUUGGACGGUAGCGCGUACUCUCAAGGUGGCAAUGGUGUCUAUGAAGCCCACAAUGCCACGCAAGGACUUCCCAGUGGCCUCCUUCCAAUUGCGCCUGGUGUUGGAGGUGGUUGUGUAGAAACCGGUCCCUACGCCGGGGUCCUGGCAAACAUCUCAGCGUCAGCUCCUACCUGGCCCACUGUAGAGGCUGGCGUCGCGCUUAGCUACGGCCCUCGCUGCAUCAGACACGAUAUCUCUGUACCUUUGGCCAACAAGUGGGCAACAGACGACCAUACCGUCGAUCUGCUGAGCAACCCGGCUUACCAGACCAACAUUGCAGCUUUCCAAGACCGUCUGCAAUUUACCGGUAACGACACUGUCGGGUACUAUGGUCUCCACCAGUACGGCCAUUUCGCCGUCGCAGGUGACCCCAGCGGUGACUUCUACAACAGCCCCAACGAGCCUCUCUUCUGGCUUCACCACGGAAACAUCGACAGGAUGUGGUGGAUCUGGCAGAACCAGAAGCCGGUCGACCGUGCAUUCCAAAUCGGUGGCACCAGGACCAUGCUGAAUCUUCCUCCUAGCGACAACGCGACAAUUGACGACACGAUCAACUUGGGCAUCCUUGGAGCCGCGAGUCCUAUCUCCAACCACGUCAGCAGCGUUGGUGGUCAGUACUGCUACAUCUAUGUUUAGUCAGGUCCAACACCAAAUACA